GCACCCAAAGAAAUCUUACUGCAUGAACUGGAAAGACUACAGAAAGUGUUGUCAAACAACUUGCUUGAAGCCAAAGAACACAUAAGAAAUUCUGUUGAAGAUUUCAUGGAAGACAAAGUACGCAAAUUGGGCCCAAUGAUAGGUCACUACUUCUCUACAUUCCAAUCAUUAAAUGUCAUGACAAGAAAUGAUAUGGACCGGGCAGUUAAAAAAAUGUAUUGUUUCAAAAGUAUCCGAGAUGCAGAAGAGGAGCUGUUUCAAGCGGAGCAAGACUGGGACUCUUUCUUGAAAGAAGUAGAUCAUACGUUUGAUCGUUUGUGUGGUUCAGUAAAUGAUAAAGAGCUUGGCUCAUAUGGACCGUGUGAACUUAAGUUAACUGAUGUUUCUACAGAAAGGUUAGUGUAGUAGGAGAUAUGGUGGCAUGCAUGAAGCCUGUGGGCUUUCCGUAGGGGCAGAUCUAGGAGGGGUCAAACUUGUGCAAAGUGUUGAAACUGUUUUAUCGCCAAUCCUAUUUCCAAAAUGUAGACCCUAAAAGUUAAUCAUUCAUUGGUAGUAAACGUUGAAGUUCAAAGAAUUUCUAAAGAAUUGUUAAUGACAUCUGUGGGUAGCUUUGCCCAAGCCAGCCCAUCUGAUAGGGUGCGAUAAAAAAUCAGAAAUUCUGCGAUUUUCAAGGUGGAUUGUGCAAUAAGAUAGGACUAAUAUGCAAUAAAUUAUGCAAUUUUUUCAGGGCUAAUUAACAUUGUUUUACCAGGUUUCAAAGGAGAAAAAUCACUUUAAUGUUGUUUAACAGGCAAUUGGAAUGUAAAAUAAUAAUAAAACAUCUAUUUUAAAACAAAUCAGUUAAAUUUGUCUAAUUACCUUACCCGGAAAAGAAAACACAUAAAAAGAAAGAAAAAGGACACUUGUUUAACAUUACAUGAUGCCGUUACACUGCUGACCCGGGGGGGGAGGGGUACUGCCAUAUAUUGGCUAUAUAGGUAUGUGCCGCUGUGAAGGGUAUAGUUUUCAGGCAGUUUACUCUAGGAUAGGGUAUAUAAAUCAGAGUGUUUGGGUCUAGAAUAGGGUAUCAUUUUUCAGGAAAAUGAUCAGUUGGUUGAAGAUUUCAUCUAGACAAGGGAAACAGCUACUCUAGGAUAGGGGGGAUUUGGGGAGUUUACUCUAGUAUAGGGUAGCAAAAUUCAGCUGAACUAGCUCUGGUAUAGGUUAAGGGUUCCAGGGUCCCAGCGGCACAUCCCCACCCAGAAAUUCCUAAAUUACCCCCCCCCCCGGACUGCUGACCACACUGCAUGUCUCUGAAAUCAAAAUGGCUCCUCAGAUAUGAUACUGCGAUCGAAGGUUUCAGAUGCCUUGCAAGGCUUUCUUUAGUGCUAAAUCACCUUAAGUAACAUUAAGAUUGGGAAAAUAUUUGAUUAAAGUUAGAAUUUAUUGUUGGCUUUACUUGAAUUUAGCAUUUUUUAAUGAAUUAUGAGAUUUUCCCCAAAUUGUGCGAUCAGAUGCAACUGUUUGAGGUGAAUUGUGCGAAGUCGCACCAUUGCGUAAUAUAAGAUGGCCUGCCAAGCAUCUUAGAUCUGUUGCAAAAUAGGAACUUAAAGCAAAUCGCUAUGGCAACCUCUACUACAGUGGCUGGAAGUAAAAGAGCCCAAAAAUGACACACUGCGCAUGCUUAGAAAUGACUGUUCACCAUAACGCCAAAUCCUACAUCUUGAAGAUCUGUUUAAUAAGUGGCGUACUCGCUAUAUAGUGCAUGAGUAUAAAAGUCACCUUUUCUCCUUUUUUUACAAUUACCGGUUUCAAAACGUUUCAUAGAUUGUUUUUCACUUAUCAAGAAAGCAUUUGACGCUUCUGGUUUUCCAGUAAUUAUCAUGAAUUAUGUCUUCGGCUUCCCUGUGUUUUACUAACAGUGAAAGCAAAUGGUCGAGAAACCCCGCAGUCUCUGUUUUUGGCGCCACUUUCUUUAAGUUGAAAUUUGGCAGGCUACAGACUGAUGUACUCUCCCCAGGGCUACACAUCCACUCGUACGAAUGCCGUAGUAGAGAUCGCUGUAUCGAUUUGCUUAAAGUCCCUAAAAUCUCUUCUCGGGGGAGCUCCAGCGAUUCCCAGAAGCAGCUUUUUGUUGCAAGAAUUUUGCAAGAACUUUUUGGGCGAGUGGUGUUAAAAUUUAAUCACUUUGAACUGAAGAACAUCACUUUCAAUCAGAAUAUAUUAUUUUCUAAUGCUGUGUUAGACUUAGUUAAUCACAGUGGUUUUUCAGUUUGAAUUUCUCCAAUAAGUGCUGCAUCGAGGCUACAGUGCUUCUUAACUCUUUUGUCCCAAAUGUGGCCAUUAUUAAUUUGAGGGCAGUGCUUAAUCAGGGGCAGGCUUAUUCCAGUAAAUUGGGUUAAAAACCUUUCACAGUUUUCUUGAGCUUUCUGUGAUGUCAAUCAUGCAAUAAUUUUUUUUAUCAUAAAUUUGAUGAUUGACAUCAGUCAUCAAUUGCUAAUAUGGAAAAUCUUCCAAAUUUGGUUGGUGCUAGGUGGUUAUGAAAAAUUAGAAACGAAUAAUAAAGUGAUUUUCUCUUCAAGGCAAUUCUCCAUUCAAGACUUGCUAACCUCAGCAUCCACUGUCUUGGUAAUUCUGCGUCAUUUUGCAUGACUGCCAUGACGUGAGCAUGUGGCCCAAGUGGAAGCAUGCAAGGCAGAAUUUGAGGCCCAUAAUGGACAAGUUGUUGUCAUCAGCUUCGGAAAUGUGGUAAGCAUCAAAUUAGCCUGCUUUGCUGACUAACUAAGCAGGUAUAUUGUCCUGAGGGUGUCCAUAGACAGUAGGUUGAACAGGGGCGGAUCUAGGUGGAGGGUGCAGGGGGUGUGCUCCCCCCCCGGAAAUGACCUUCGGCUUUCUAAUACAACUGAUAUUCCGUAUUAGAAUUUGUUUAAGUCACCAGUCAGUUACGCCAUUCUUUAGUGGUGUACCCCUCGUACAAAAAAUCCUGGAUCCGCCCCUGUUGAACAGUAAUGUAUAGAUUUAGCCAGGGCUAAAAGCGAAGCUCUCGUUAAUAUCUUUAGUUUACUGAAACAAAAUAUAAAAUCGUGUAAUGCUAAGCGGCGACGGCAACAAAAACAGACAAAAAAGCAGUAGGUCUAAUUAGCAAAAAACAUCAGCACGUGCAGCACACUUUUUUUGUACAUUUCUUUGCCGUUGGUUUGCACAACGACAACGUGAAACUUUUAGAAACGUCCGAGUUAUGGAGGAAAAGUUGUGUGUGGUCCUGUUCACUUUCUUUUUAAUGCCGCUCAUUUUUCCCUUGGUGGCCGCUAGCAUUUCUCAUUUUCUCACCCCCCAGUAUAAAAUUUUCAUGUUAUUCUUCAAACGAAAUUGGUUGCUCUUUCUCUGUUAUCCAGGCCAAUGUAGACAUUAACAUUAAGUCGAAAGAAAGAAUCGGCUUUGUUGUUGUUGUUUUUUAUCUCUAAAAGUCCUGGUGGCUAUGCGAUGUACCGCUUAAACCCGCUUAAAUUUCACCCCGGCUUACAUGAAGAGGUAGACGCACGUACGGACGUACUCCAUACGGACGAUUUUCUCAGAACCAAAAUUUCUCGUAUGCAAAGAUUACCAAAUUUUCUUACCCAUGGUGCUCCGCUGCGCGCGCUCUGCUCGCGAGAGCUCCGCUAUCAUUUUAUUUUAUUUUCAGGCUGGAGCUAGGAGGUGGCUGAAGGACACAAACUGCAAUCUGAGAAUGUUUGUUGAUCCAGAACGACAUCUUUACAGCGCCCUUGGUCUAAGGCGAUCAUUGACAAACGCUUGGAGUAUAUCUAAACUUGUUUUCUAUGCGGAGCAGAAACGAGCUGGGAGGAGGAUGUUUGAGGAGGAUGAUCCUAAUCAGAUUGGAGGAGAUUUUAUUUUAGAUGAGCAGGGAAGAUUGGCAUUAAUUCAUCGCAGUAAAAUUCCAACUGACAAACCUUCAGUUGAAGAACUCUUGAGUUGUGUCAAGGACCUGGAUAGAGCAAAAGCAAACUCGUAAUGAUUUUAAGAGAAGAAUUUAACGAAAGUAUUGUAAUUCAAUUCUUUCUUAGUUAAACCCUAUUUCCAUUGUUUACACUAAAUGCCAUACAUUGCCAACUGAAAAAAGCCGAUGACAGCCUUGGCAAGACGGGUAAUCAAAACCUCAGUUUUUUAAUCUCUUUAGGGUUGUAAUUUGACUUGAUCAACUCAGUUGAUAAAACCAUUUUUUUUCUUUCACUGCCCCAUCGAUGCAACACCACAGUUUCUUGAGAAAGUAACUCCUGUAUACGUAUGUGUAACCAGCCGAUUCGCCCAACGGCGAUUUGCCCGCAGUAGAAGAGAGACUUAGAGUUACGUUCAUGGCAAACGGCAAACGUGAAUUUGUACCACGUGACCAAGAUUCCCCUUACGGUAACUUGUGCUUUACUAUUCAUUACUUUUACCCCAAAAUUAAUAGUUUCACGUUAUUUUUGUC